CGUCGCGCUUCGGCGCGACAGCAGGCGCCGCGAAUUCGCCUCUCGUGGCUUCGGCUCCGCUCGGUCGGUCGGUCUGCUCCGAGGGCCGGCCGGAGAAAUCCGUCAGUAUGUGCCGCGCUGCCUUGCCGGCGAGUCUCACGUAGCUACUAGGUAUCUACUAUUCUUUCUCCCGCUCCCGGCUGUUGUCAAGUCCGAGAGUUCGCUGUUCGCAACAGUCGCGAAGCGCGCGAUUCCGCCGUGACUCCUGUGUGACAAUUCGCAAAAGAUCCUUCUUCCCGCGAGCUCUCUCCGCGCGAGUCUCUCGUACGCGCUCGUUCUGCGCUUCCUCUUGUCCCGCGCUUGCUCGGCCGCGAGACGAAGAAAAGACGAGGAGGAGAGCAGGUGAGACUGAGACUACUCUGUGCCGACGUGUCCGAGGAAGCUCCGUUCGCGGGCGAGUCAAGCGGCGCGAAACGAUCGAAGGAUCGCGGCGAUACACGCGAAGCGACAGCUCGCCGGCGACGAGGAUACCGUCUUAUCGAUGAGAGAUACCAGGGGGUACGGUCUCCCGAGGGCAACCAGGGCAGCAGAGGUCAGUGCGGCGAUCGUCGCUCGCGCGGCAUCGGUCGCCGACGCCGAAAAUCGCGCAGCCACCGUCGCCGACCAACAGGAUUCUUCGCCGCGCAAAUUUCGCCGCGACGUCACGACGAGCGCGUAGAUCCAUUCGCGCAGCGGGCCAAGUGCCUAUCAAAACAUGGCCACGUGACCCCGACGGCACGGCUUGUAAACACUGAGUUUGACCACGUGGUCUGCUCCCUCUCUCCGCCGUCGAGCGCCUGUCCGUCUCUCGCUCCCUCUCUCCUCUCUCCUUCCCUUCCUCUUUCUCUCUUUCCCUCUCUCUCUCCUCUCUCUCUAUCUAUCUCUAUCUCUAUCUCUCUUUGGUACACUCUUCCGUCUCUCUCUGUUUCGUUACGCCGCCUCGCGCUUCAACCUCGUCUCAUUCUCUCUCUCUCUCUCUCUUUUUCUCCCCCUCCCCCCUCUCUCUCUCUCUCUCUGUUCCCCUUCCUCUCACCUAUCUCUCUUUCUUGUACCAUCUAUCUGUUCCUCCGCCUCCUCUUCGCCGUAUCGGCCGCCUCUCGUUCGCCUUCUCCGACCGUCUCACUCUAGCCCUCGCGCUCUUUCGGCACGCAGAACGGCGCCGGGCAGAAUCCUCAGUUAGUUCGCCGCCGCCGACAACCGCACGCGAGCGUACGCGCGAUUCGGACGAUACUCCGACGACUCCAAGCUGGUCUCUUGCGAGCGCCGAUAAGCGCGCGUCGCGACGUCGCUGUCGUCGUCAUCGUCGUCGUUGUCAUCGUCGUGUGAUAUCGCGUCGAUCUCGUUGACCGAGUCCGCGCUCGAUCGAUCGGUCGAUCGGUGGGUGGGUGAUGUGUUGAAAAAAACCGCAGUGUCGGCCAAGAGCGAACUCGGGAGAUUUAUAUAUCACAUACGUAAAAGAAGAAAGGAGAGGAGAGAGAGAGAAAGAGAGAGAGAGAGAAAGAAAGAAAGAAAGCAUUGCGUUACACGCGAAUUACGCGUGCGAAGCCGUCGUUCCGAAGCCGGUGCGAACGAGCGCUACCGCGAGCCUUCGCUCGCAGCGAGGACGUACGAAGGCCGUCGUUGUACACACACACACGCACACGCACACACACACACACACACACACACAUCUACACGUUGUACACACGCGCCUACACGCAUACGUGCGCAGCCGUACACACACGCACACCCUCACACAUUCACUCACAUACACUAGAAAAAAAAGACACGUGCACACGCACGCACACGGACGCACACGAAAGCGCGUCUGGUGAUAGUGCGCGACGAAAACGUGACUCGGGUCGUUCCUCUCUCUCACGCGCGCGCGCGCGCGCGCGCGCAACCAGCUUCUCGUCGUUGCCGAUCGUAGACGGGGCGUCAUCGCUUCACCGCGGGUUCCUCGCGCAUCUCGGUUCGAUCGCGAACCUCAAGUUCGCGGAGCGACGCGGGAAGCAUGAUGGAUUCGGUGCCGGUCUCGGCCUCGGGUUCGCUGAUCCCGUCGCUGCAGCAGCAGCAGCAGCAACAACAGCAACAGCAGCAGCAGCAGCAGCAACAGCAACAGCAACAACAGCAGCAACAGAAGAAGGGAGUCUCCUUCGAGUUCUCCAACUCGCCGGACCUGGAGACCGGCUUCGAGCCGCAGACUCGCGCGAGAUCCAACACAUGGCCGUUGCCGAGACCCGAAGAAUACGUGGAAGGCAACGCACCGGCCGCCAAGGAGGGUGCCGAAGGCGGCACACCACCCCAUCAGACUCAACUGGCUCAGGGUGGUCUCCUGCCGGUGAAGAAGAAUUCAUCCCGAAGGAACGCCUGGGGUAACCUGAGCUACGCCGACCUCAUCACCCAGGCGAUCACCAGCGCGCCCGAUCAACGGCUCACCCUGUCGCAAAUCUACGACUGGAUGGUGACGAACGUGCCCUACUUCAAGGACAAGGGUGACAACAACAGCAGCGCCGGCUGGAAGAAUUCCAUACGCCACAACCUGUCGCUGCACAACAGGUUCAUACGGACGCAGAACGAAGGUACGGGCAAGAGUUCCUGGUGGAUGAUCAAUCGCGAUGCCAAACCUGGCAAGUCUGCUCGUCGCAGAGCCACAACGAUGGAGAGCACUGGUAGCCUGGAGAAAAGACGCGGCCGCUCGAAGAAGAUCGCCGACGCUCUGAGGAACGGCGCGCUGCUGGCGGAACCCACUUCCAGUCCCAGCAGCAGCGUCGGGGAAGGUCUCGACAUCUACCCGGACAGCCCUCUACCCGCCAGCGGAUUUCAGCUCUCGUCUGACACGUUCCGUCCUCGCGCCUCGAGUAACGCGUCCUCCUGCGGCCAACUGAGCCCGAUCCCGGCGGUUCUCGGGGAGCCGGACUGGACACCGACCUAUGCGCCUUCUUACAGCCCGGAACAACAGUUAGCAGACUCGAUCCUAGCAGGCAACCUGGCGGAGACGAUGAAGUUGGAGUCGUACCAAAUGUAUCAGACGUCACCGCCCGGCCACCAGCAGCAGCAACCAGCCCCGCCGUCUUACUUCGAGUACCAGAGGAACAACGGCCUACGCACCCCGUCAUCCUUCGGCCUGCCACCCACCCCGCAGUCGGCCAAUCAGCAGAGAUGCCCGCUUCACGGCCUGCAGCCGUGCGCUUGUCAGAUGAAUCUGAGCCCCGUGUCUGGCAUGUCACCGUCGUAUCAGCAGAGCGAGCCCAGCCCGACGAUGUUAGGCAACAACCAGCAGCAGACGCUGCAAUAUAUGAUUCAGACCCAACAGCGUCAGCAGCAGCAGCAGCAGCAGCAGCAACAGCAGCAGCAGCAACAGCAGCAGCAGCAACAGCAGCAGCAACAGCAGCAGCAACAGCAGCAGCAACACCAGUCAGCACAGACUGGACCAGCAGGUCCCAGCCCGCCCAACACACCGACACCUUGCCCAGCUACGCCCAGCACUAUGAUGGGCCAGCUGAUGGGCGCCCUCAAUCAUUCCGCCCUUCUCGAUGAUCUCAACAUCAACAUCGAGGCGAUGCACGGCGCCUUCCACUGCAACGUCGACGAAGUGAUCAAGCACGAGCUGUCGAUAGAGGGCACGCUGGACUUCAACUUCCAGCAGGGCGUCAUGGGCACCGCCGCGAUCCAGGUGAGCGACGGCAACAUCGGCCAGAACGGCGCCGUCAGCCAGAACAGCGACAUCGUCGUCGGCACGACGACCAGCAACACACCUGCGGCCGUCUACGUCAGUGCGAACGCGGCGACCCCCGCGGCGCCCCCCUCGUGGGUUCACUAGCAGUUAACCCCCCUGCCCUCGACACCCCCAUCGUCCUUGCCGAUGCCGUUGUCCGACGGGCGGGAUAACUUCUGCGGGACGACCGAAGGGCAGCUCAUCGGUGAGUCUCUCUCUCUGGAGCCCCGUCAUUCUCACGUGCAUCGGUUCAGCUUAUCGAGAUGAGCUAUCGACAGGUCGAAUCUCGCAGUGGCAACUCGCGGGAGUCCCCCCCCCCGCCUUUUUCCCGCGCCCCGAUACGCACGCGCUCGCUCUUUACGCUCUUUAAGAGCAUACGAUGAGAUACUAGAGUGCCGAUACACUAGAUCGUUCAGCUAGAAUAUAAAGCGUGAUCACUUAUCUCGAAUUUGUUUCGAGAUUUGUAAAAAAAAAAGGGAAAGCCCGUCGUCGGUACCUUGUGCGUAUCGCUCGAGCGAAGCCGCCGAUAAGAUUCCCGCGCACGUGUACUAUUUUUAUGCCGUUUCACGAUCGCCCGGCGCGCCGCGACGGGAGUCACAAAUAUUCCACGGCCGGUCGCUGAUAACUGCCCGUUGCUCAAUAGCCGUCGCGACUCCGAGGCGCGGAGGGAAGAUACAAAUAUAUCCCGCCGCUCGGCCUCUCGGCCGCGGAUAAUUUUAUUUUACGGGCACAUUAACAUGUGGCCGCGGCCGGGAUAAGAGGGAGACGUAUAUCCAUGCCGCGCGAGGUGCUGAGAUCCGCCGGUCGAUACAUCAUUCUCGCGUGGCUGAUUAAUCAUACGGAAGUUCGCUCGGGAUCCUUCCCGAGCCCUCUCUCCCCCUCCUCCUGCCGCUUCACGUCGCUUCACGCGCUCUCGCGCGCGGCCGAUCACGUAGCCUCGAACGAAGGGUGCAAGAUCCUUCUGUCGGCAGGGGGCGAGCAGGGGCCAGAGGCCUGUCAUUGAUUGCCUUCUCCGCUCCCCGCUACCUCCUCCCCACCCCUUUCGGCCCUUGCAGCCAAAACAAUAUCGCAUACUCAUGUCGUGACACAGUGCUCGGCCGUGCGAUAUUUAAUAAAUCGCUUCAAGGUUUCGUACCGCCGCCCCCUGCGUGCCGAUACCUUCGUACAACGGGCGGACGGGUGUCGGACGGUGUUUUGUGCGAAAUCGCUAUUGACUUGGGCACGAUAACAAGGUAACAACAUAUCGCCGGGAGCCGCGAGUUUUAUGGAGAGCCUUAACGCAAUAUUGCUGAUCGCGUCAAAACAGUCGCGCAUUUCGUUUGAAAUCGCGCAGGAGCGCGAGCGUCAAGUGCAAUCAACGCGCUCGCGAGGGUUGCGGUGCUCUCGCGCGAAGACACCCU